UGUCCAAGAUGAGAUUGUCUCGUAUUACUGUCCCAACUGUCUAUUCGAGGUGCCGACAGCGAGUGUGAAGAGUGAAAAGAACAGGUAAAACACUGGGUCUGUGGGAUGAUUGGAAAGGGUACUACACAUACGCGCGCAAAAGGGUGUUAGGGUGGAACGCACAGGGCGCGCGCGCGCGCGCGCUCCCGCUCACUCGCGUAUAGAGUACCUGACACCAUGCCUUAUCUCGCUCGCUCAAUUCCCCCCCCCAAAAAAAAAAAACAAAAUAGAUGUGCACGCAAUUGCUUCCAAUGCCCCAUAUGUCAAAAUACCCUGUCAGUAGUUGCAGCACAAGAAGCAACGCCAUCCAGCACACCUGCGUCUGCUGGACCCUAUUUCCUGUCAUGCAACGUCUGCCGUUGGAAUUCAAAAGAGAUUGACAUGACGUUUGAAAAACCUACCAGUCUUGCAUUGCAAUUGCAAAAGACCGAGGAAACUUUGCCGGAUGCCAAGGAAUUCGAUAACUUGAAAGAUCAUUUGGAAAAGCAUUUGCGUUUGAACGUACCACCAACAUUACCAACGAGUUUCCUGUCAUUUUCAAGCUCAGGUGCAUUCAGUAAGAUGAUGGGCAGUCAUUUGCAUCACGACGCUCAGUCGCAGCAAGGAAAACUCGACGAUCUUGGUGCAUAUGAACCUAGUGUCCAUGUCCCAGAUGACGAUGCUAAGCUUGUGGAUCAUCUCAUGUCUUUGCGGAGUGUGGAUCAAGUUUCGACCUUAUCACAACGGUUUAGUCAGCUGCACGAUCAACCUUAUCAACUCAGCCAAAUACACCCUCAACGUAUUCAUCUUUGCAUAAAGCGAUCAAAGCGAUGUCGAACGUGCAGGCACAUUUUGAUCAAACCGGAACAGAAAGCUCAAGCAACACGAUUUAAAAUCAAGCUAGUGGCCAUGAAUUAUAUCCCCACUAUUAGCAUCGUCAAGUUACCCAGGAAAACAUGGCCUCUGCAGCAAGGCAUCCCCACACAGUUCGUUUUAAAAUUCACAAACCCACUUUAUGAAGAAAUGAGCAUCACGUUAGCAACACCUCAAAUGCAAGAAACACCAGGGUCAAAGGAGGGUGCUACUACCGCUACUGCUACUGAGCAACAACAACAGCAGCAGCAACAGCACGGGGACGAAGCGCAGAUCCGAGGCAAGGUGACCUUGCUUUCUCCUCAUUUCACUGUGGGUGCAUAUAAUGAAACGAUCGAAUAUGACGACGAGAUGUACCCUACAGGGUCCAAUAUGCGCGGACGAUCUGCAUUCGGCGGUGGGGGUUUAUCAUCCUCUUGGGCGGAUGGUGUCCAUGAAAAGAGAAACAAUUACACCAGUAUCAUUGUAGAAGUGAUUCCUGAGAAAACCGGUGAAUUCACGUUCCCCUUGCUGGUAACCUAUAAUUACAAAUCAGACGAAGACCGUAUGGACGUUUCGUCAGGCGAUAUUGAUGAAGAGGAUAUUGAGGACGUGGAUGCAGACGAUGUUUCAUCCAGAAAGGCCAAUUCAUCCAUGCGAUUAGAUGAUGAUAGGAUCAAGAGUUACUCGUUUUGGUGUCUAAUUGGUUUAGGACAAGUCACCAGUGCAGAAUCGAUAUAAAUCAUCCUUUCUUUAAUAUAUAUAUGAUAUUCAUUUUUAUACACAAUAUUUAUAUAUGUAAUGCUCAUCGCUUUGUUUAAAAAAAAAGAAAUAGUUGUAGUUUUGUUUUGGGACGAAGAGGAUUA